AUGUCCAGCAAAGACAUCAGCCAGCAUCAGCAGGACUCCAAGGAAGCCACCAAAAAGGUAUGUUUAUGUUAACAGGAGAGUGGCUACAGAUAUAAACAGUAUGAUGUGUGUGUGUGUGUGUGUGUGUGUGUGUGUGUGUGUGUGUAUAUCUGCGUGUCAGUGCGUGUAUGUGUAAGUGGGUGUAUCUGUGUGUCAUGGUAUGUGUGUCAGUGUGUGUUUCUGUGUCAAUGUAUGUAUAUAUUUGUCAGUUAAUCUAUCUGUAUGUCAAGGUAUGUGUAUGUACAAACAACAAAGAGAGGUUUAGGCACUUCAAAGUUAAAGCAGGCAAUUUUAUUUGAACCAAAUGUCAAAUAGCAACAUUUCAACCGGUGGGGCUUUUCUCACUUGCGUGUAUCAAUGGUAAUUUCUGCAGGUGUAUCCCUUGCCCCACUGUGUGCAUCCAUUGCUUGCUUGUUCCAUUCUGAGUGAGUUGCACUUGCAUCUGAUGCGAGUCUCUGCUGGAAAUGUGAUGUACUGCUAAAGAUAUAAAGUGCUUCUAUAAAGUGCUGAUGUCUGCACUUUACCCAGUGUAUAAUGGUUAUUGCUCUUGCCAACCAAACAUCUAGAUGUAGAUGUUCUAAAAUGAUGCCUCCAAUAAGUGACUCAAAGACUUGAGGAAACCACUAGUCUGGUAAGUUCUAUUAUACAUAAUAGACAAAAGACACAGAUAGACCAUGAAACUCAAUUAGUUUAGGUAAUAAAAGGAAAUAAAAUUUCAAACAGUUUGUAAGAAGUGACAUGUGUAAUUAGAGUUGAGUUAUUGUUCCCUUGUGCCACUGGGCUUUUGGAAUAUCUGCAUGAAACAAUCUGAAUCACCAGUUAGUCAAUGGGAGAAUUUGGAUAUUAUCGGCUUUAUUCCCCUCUAGAAACCAAUUACAUUAAAAUUUCAGAAUUUGCCUAAAGUUUUAAAGCUUAAGCGCACAUACUAUUAUUAUCAAAGUUAUUUUUAUAUAUAUAUAUAUAUAUAUAUAUAUAUUUCCUGGCAAAUCAUGGCAGCAUAUACACAUGGGUUAGCUCCUCCCCUACAGCCGAUAGGACAGGAAAACCACCAAGGUUUUAAAAGGAGGCUCCAUCCCUAAGGUCCUCAGUCUUUUUCCUGUCCUACAUCCCUUAGGACAUGAGCAAUUUGCUCCCUUUACUUACGGACAUGUAUGGAAUUAAGAGUCAUUUUCUAGGCUCUUCUUCACUUCAGAGGCUUGCUGAAGAACGAGUGGGUCAAAAUUUGCUCAAAUUUCAAUGCAACUGUAUCCUAUAUCUACCAAGAUGGGUCUCACAGAAACGUAUUGAUGGAAUUCCAGCCCAUAAUGAUCAGGGCACAGAAGAACAACCAGUGGCUCAGAAUACCAUGGCUGUUUGCUGGAGCCGAAUAACUGUGCCAAGGUGGAUUGGCAACCAUGUCCUGACGGAUCCUCGUGGUUGA